AUGUCGAUUACCACGCCGUUAACGUCACUGUUGGGCAUCCGACACCCGAUUCUACUGGCGGGUAUGGGCCAGGCGUCAGGCCCGGCUCUUGCUGCAGCAGUCUGCAAUGCUGGUGGUCUGGGUGUCAUAGGCGGUGUCAAUUACACACCCAAGAUGUUGAGAGACAUUUUCAACGAGUUGAAGUCGCAACUGAAAGACCCAUCACUGCCGUUUGGAGUGGAUUUGCUGUUGCCACAAGUGGGAGGAAACGCCAGAAAAACCAAUUACGAUCAUACAAAAGGAACGCUUGAUGCACUUCUGGACGUCAUCAUAGAGUCCGGCUGCAAAGUAUUCGUCUCGGCCGUCGGCGUACCACCACCACAUAUCAUAGAUCGGCUCCACAAGAAUGGCAUUAUCUAUAUGAACAUGGCAGGCCACCCAAAACAUGCCGAGAAAGCUUGCAAGGCUGGUGCCGAUGUCAUUAUCGCUCAAGGAGGAGAAGGUGGCGGACACGGUGCUGACGUUCCCACGAGUGUUUUGAUACCUGCAUGCGCAGACGUCUGCAAGAAAUAUAACUCGACUUUGACUAAGCAAAAUGUACUGCUCGUGGCUGGCGGGGGAAUUUAUGACGGCCGCGGGCUCGUCGCUGCUCUAGCGCUCGGAGCAAGUGCGGUAUGGGUUGGCACAAGAUUCGUAACCGCGAAGGAGUCAGGCGCAUCGCUAGACUUGAAGAAUGCCAUCCUCAACGCCAACAUUGACUCGACUAUCAAGUCAACUAUUUGGUCCGGGCGUCCUUUACGCUCUUUGAAGACUGACUAUGUCACAAGGUGGGAGACGCAGAGGCUUCAGGAGAAAGAGGCUCUGCAAGCGAAGGGUGUCCUUCCCGUGUACCAUGACAUGGAGACUUUGGAAGAAGAAGGAAAGUGGACUGACGAGAUGGAUGACCAGAGUGCUGUCCGUCCCAUGGGAGUUGUCUCCGGCCUCAUCAACGUCCCGAACCAGUCGGCCGAGGAAAUUAUAGACGAAAUAAUACUCAAGGCUACGGAGGUCCUGCAGGCGUCUCACAGGGCUUUGAACCAGCAGAGAGCGGCUAGAUUAUGAGUGCACUUGCGAC